AUGAUUGUCAAUGCUGCUCCGAUUGUAUACCCACCCCCUCCUUUAAAGAUCAACUCUGAUGAAGCACCAUCACUAGUAUUUCUACUCAAACAAUAUGGAAUGAAUUGGACAUUUGUUGAUAAUGUUUUAUCAAAUUACUCGAGUAAUUCAACAAAGGCUGUAAAUGGCUCUUUUACUUCAUUAUACAUGUCACCAACAAAAGGAAUACCAUUUAAAAACUCUGGAGUACCUGACAAGUCACUUGGUUCACUCUAUUUCCCAAAUUUGACUCUUUUACGAAUUGAAUCACUGUGUAUGGAUUGUAGUAUUAAUAUUCUUGAAAUGGUCAAAGAUCUAUCCAACCUCGAUUCUCUGACCAUUUUAACACCAUCAGUACCAUACAUUCCAGAUGGAUUCCCAUUCUCUCUAACUAAACUAACUCGUUUGAGUAUAAUAGAGUUUAAAGAAUCUAUACCUGAUGGAUUUGGAGAGGAUCUAAUGUUGACUCUUCUUUUGAGUCAUUAUGACUCUGUUCCUGUGACCCCAAAGUUAUAUAUCGAUAGGAUACCAGACUCUUUGUGUACCGGUCGUGGGAUGAAUCUAGCACCGUUGCCAGACUCGGCCUAUCAGAUGAAUUAUAUGGCACAGUGUUUUAGUUGUUAUAGUGGUCAUUUCAACUCUUUGAUGUUUUUAGAUUAUUUUGGUUUUGAUUAUCCUUGUGAUUCAAAGGUUACAUCACUUUAUUAUAGAAAUCAAAGUAGUAAUAAUCUACUAUUUGAUAUCGGUGGAAAUAAUCUAUUAAUGUCACUUUACAAGAUAAAAACCGAUGGUGAUUUGGGAUCUAUAGAGGAUCGAGUCAUGUUGGGUAGUAAUGAAAUAUAUUCAGUCACUAUUCCAGUAUCAUUUACUCGAAUCAAUCUUGGUAAUAUAAUAUCAAUCGAUCAACAACCUUUUGGUAUCAACCUUUUAACGCAACUCAAUUACAAUAUUUAUAUCAAUCAUACUAUAUCUUUAAAUGGAGUGGUUUGUGAGAAAAAUAAUACAAUUUAUUUAAAUGAUACUUUGUCUUGUUAUUUUCCACUUGUCAUAUCUUCACCCUCAACUAUACUAAAUUUAAAUAUUAGAAAUAUUAGAAAUAGUGAAAUCAAUCAAUUUAAUUUUAAAAGACGUAUGUGUAUAAAUCUAAAAAAAAACGAAUACAUAGAAUUAAAUGGUGAAUUUGGAAUGAUCAUUCCGACAAUAUCAAUGGUUAUGAUUAAUGAAAGUGAUUGUUUUAUUUUAAAUAUUAAUUCAACCAACUUGGAAUGUAAUUUUACAUUGGGAGAACUGGACAAAGAAAAAGCUACAAAGGCAAACAAGCUUCAAUUGGCCAGAGAAGAAAAGGAAGCACAAGAACGACGCGAAAAACGACAACGUGACAUUGCCUCUGGUCUUAUCCCACCCCCACCCGAUGUGCCAGUGAGAACGGGAAAUAUCUGCAAAGUACUUGGUCAAAUCAAGAAAUCAGUACCAGUGCCAGUACCAAAUGCGGGAUUAUUCAACUCAUACUGCCACCACAGAGGUGCCAAACAACCGAUAGACCCCAACGACUCUAUGUGGGGAGGAUUUGCUGAUAGUUAUUCACGUGCCUACAAGGAUUACAAGAAAUAUCUCCUGUCGAAUCCCAGAGGUGAUAUGACUGCGGAUGACCACCGCACAAUGUAUUUUAAUACCAUAUUCCUCCCAUCCGACCAACAAACAGCAACCGCAGAUCAAGAUCCAACGGUCCACCACCCUGACACAGAGAACCCACCCGUCGCCAGUCCACCACCAUCGGAAUCAUUUGGUGGCAACGACGACCAAUUGUUUGGAGAUAACUCUUGCCAUCUCGAACCAACCCCACCUCUCGAGUAUGGUGCAAUGUGUGAUUCUAGUUUUGAUACCCCACCCAUGGCUGAGAGGUUUGAUACAUCAGUCACCGAUCGUAUGGAGAUUGAGUCACCAUCAUCACAACAAACAGAAGAGAAGAACAAAAGAAGCAACGAAAAAGAUGGAGGCGACAAGAGAAAGGACCAUCCCGUCACACCCGAGCAGGAUGGGGAUGAUGAAGAGAUCGUAGAGCAACCAAAAAAGAAAACGAAACCCAACACUCAGAUAUCAAAGGUGGCCAUCACAACAAAGAAGAAACCAUCGUCUGAAAAGAAGUCAGUGGUCAAAGAGUCAUCAUCAGACAGUGGAGAAGAGGAGGAGGACCAUCCAAAGAAAAAGAAGAAGUCAUUGGCAAAGAAACCGGUUGUAGAAGAUUCGUCAGACUCCGAAGAUGAAGAGAGUGAUCAAUCGGACUCUGAUGAUGACACGACAAAAGGUGCACCACAUAAGGCAGUGAACAGAACCCCCAUCAAACAGCGUAAGGGUAAAUCAGGGGUUGGAACCCCAAAAAACAAAUCACAAAAGAAAAAUGCAAGCGCCCUUACUCGUUUAACAUCUUUUUACAAGAAUUCAAAAGAAGCAAGGCCCUUGUUGAAGCGCUUAUUGGAACAAGGUUCACGUGGCUUCGUGGUCGAUAAGGUGCAUCGGCCAGCUGACCCAAAGGCAACAUACUAUUGUGAUUUCUCCAUUCAUUUACCAGGACUCAAGGAAACUUCUGAAAGGAUCCCGGGUAUUGCCACGAAGUGUAAGUUUGAACCAAAGACUUCUACCGGCUUCCCAGGGGGUGGUUUGGUAUUGGGUGCGAAUGAAAAGAUCUUUAACAGUGAUGGUUCUGUUUAUAACUCAGGAGGAGGUGGCGGUACUACACCACUAGAUACAAAGGGAGUAACCUUUCAAACCGAUGGUAUUCAUCUUACUACGAAUCAGAAUGUCUACAACUCUGAUGGCACCCCAAUUAACAACUCCCCACCACCAUUGAACACACAAGGAGUUACUUUCAACACAGAUGGUGUUCAUCUAGCACCAGGACAAAACGUAUUCAAAUCAGAUGGUACACCAAUUAGUAAUGGUUCUCAACCUCUUGAUACAAAGGGUUUGGUGUUUACUACUCAAGGUCCAACUCUAGCCACUGGUCAGAAGAUCUACAAUCAAGAUGGUUCGGUUUAUCAAGACACUAGAGGUGUUGUAUUUGGUCAAGAUGGUAUUCAUUUGUUGGCGGGUCAGAACGUCUACGACUCUGAUGGGGUGCCACUUGAUAAUGCACCACUCCCUUUAGACACUGAAGGAGUAGUGUUUACACCACAAGGUCCAAAACUAGCAGCAGGUCAAAGUUAUCUUCUCGCUGAUGGUACCCCAUUGCAACCAGUUGUGAACAAUGUUACGAAUGUUAAUUUCGAUACCAAGGGUGUGACAUUCCAAGAUGACGGUCUUCACAUGUUAAGUGGACAGAAUAUUUACAAAAGUGACGGAACAACAUAUGGGGUUGAUAGCCGACUUCAGUUUAUGCCAUUUCAACUCACAGAAACAAUAGAAGUGACACCAUUCCGAUUUGGUGUUUCGAGUUCAAGCGGGUCUACAACCAUCAACUACAUUGAUCCAAUUAAAAUAACCCUCUUCACCAAUGGUUUACAAGAAGCUCGUUUCCACCAGUUAGAAACAAUAAGAUCUAUGACUAAAAUCGAAAAAUAUGUUGAUGCUUAUUUUAAUCCCACAAAAAUGAUUGGCCAAGUUAAGAUUCGGGUCGAUCCUUCUGGUUGGGUUGGUAUAGUUCCGUCUGACAAUUACAGCUCUAUCGCAGUCUAUGAUUUUGUAACUAUCUAUCCAUUCUCAGUGUCCUUUAUUGAUUCAUCUAUAAACCCAGAUAUUAACCCACCACCGUUGAUUGCUGCCUACCCAACCGAUGGGAGUGUUUACAUGCGUCAUGCCUCAGGACAAACAACAUUAGCAUGGCUAAGAUGUUUACGAAUCGGGGGUUAUUUCAAAGUAGGAUUAGAGAGCUUUAGAUUCACAGGGCCCUACAAUGGAACAGCCGGAUUGAUAUACGAUUUACCUGCAGCAAAUGGACAUCGUGUUUUACCUCCACGUUUUCGACCCCCAACAACACAAUCUGUUAUAGGCGUAUCCACAAAGGGGCACACACAAAUACCAGUUAUAGACCAGGUGACGGUGGGUGAUGUGACAAGAUGUACUCUCAGGGCGGAUGGUAUAAGUAUCCAACAUAAAGAUUCCGUCAAUAUUUCUAUGAUACUAUCAGAUUCCGAUUAUUUUGAAGUAAGUGGAGUAUUCUGGGAAUGGAUUGUAGAUGAUGCAUAUUGA